UUCUGGUGAGUGCUUCAAACUCACACAAUCCUACUAUAUUCCAUAUAAUUGUUUUUAAUCCUUUACGUCUAAUUCAAUCUUUAUUUAUAACGCUACUCAAAAUCAAGCAAAAUGCUUGACUACCUAGCCUUGGCUUUCGUGGUCGCGGUCAAAGUUUUUAAGAAAACCACUCCGAAUGGCAAAGUUACGGUUUACCUUGGCAAACGCGACUUCAUUGAUCAUAUAGAUUAUUGCGAUCCUGUCGAUGGCGUGGUGGUGGUUGACACCGACUACCUGAAAGGACGAAAAGUUUACAGCCAGCUCGUUACGACUUACCGCUUCGGUAGGGAGGAAGAUGAGGUUAUGGGGGUCAAGUUCACCAAGGAGAUGGUCAUUGGCCAAGAACAAGUUGUACCAAUGGUCAACGCUAAAAUGGAACUGACACCUGUCCAGGAAAAGCUCCUGAAGAAGCUUGGACCAAAUGCCUUUCCUUUCACCUUCACUUUCCCCGAGAUGUCUCCUAGCUCGGUAACUCUCCAACCAUCUGACGAGGACCAGGGCAAGCCUAUGGGCGUGGACUACUGCGUACGAACCUACGUGGCAGACAACGAAGAUGACAAGAGCCACAAGAGGAGCUCCGUCACUCUUGCUAUCAAGAAGUUGCAACAUGCUCCAGCCUCCCGUGGACGACGCCUACCAAGCUCCCUGGUCAGCAAGGGCUUCACUUUCAGCAACGGCAAAAUCAGCCUUGAGGUGACUCUCGACAAGGAAAUCUACUACCACGGCGAAAAAGUCGCUGCUAACAUUAUCGUAUCGAACAACUCUAGGAAGUCUGUCCGCAACAUUCGCUGCAUGGUUGUCCAGCAUGUUGAAAUUACUAUGAUCAACUCUCAAUUCAGCCGUCACGUUGCAUCUUUGGAAAGCCGCGAGGGAUGCCCAGUUACUCCUGGUGCUAGUCUUUCGAAGACCUUCUACCUUGUGCCCUUGGCUCGCAGCAACAAGGAUGUCCGCGGAAUCGCUUUGGAUGGCCACCUGAAGGAAGAUGAUGUCAAUCUCGCUAGCUCAACCAUGGUUUCUGAGGGCAAAUGCCCAGCUGAGGCCAUUGGUAUUGUGGUCUCUUACUCUGUACGCGUGAAGCUUAACUGCGGAACCCUUGGUGGUGAACUCGUCACCGAUGUACCAUUCAAGCUGCUUCACCCAGCUGAAGGCUCCGUCGAACGUCAACGUUUCAAUGCUAUGAAGAAGAUGCAAUCCAUUGAGAGACAUCGCUAUGAGAACUCUAUGUAUGCCAAUGAGGAGGAAGACAAUAUUGUUUUUGAGGACUUCGCUCGCCUCAGGAUGAACGAACCCGAAUAAACGAUUGGGAGCUUCCUAAAGUCGAACAAAAAAAAAGGAAAAAAAAUAUAAAAAAUACAAAAAAAUGUAAUCAAGCAAGUUAGACAACAUCUAGACCACGGAACUGUGCUCGCUCAUUAAAACUCUUCAAUUCAUUUUCACCUAUAUAACCUACUAAUUUGGAAUUUUUAACCUUACCAAUAUAAUUUAUUUAAUAAAAAAAAUUGAUGUUACCAAGUUAUAUGGAUAGUGUGAGUUUAAUCAAUGUGAUAUAAUGAAAUACUUAUAGCACUUGAUAUCGAUAAUAAUUGAAAAUUUUUCAUAAACAUUUCAUCCUAACCUUACCUUAAUUUUACCUUUAUAAAAUUUAAUAUAUAGCUAUCACCAGA